ACUUACAGCCUUAUCUGCUGGCUUCAUCACGACCGUCCAAUCCCGAUCAGGGAUAAACUGGGAAAAAAAAUUUCUUCUUUAUAUAUCCCGUCGCCUCCGGCUCGCAGCUGCAAGUUCCAAUCCGCUCCCCCCGACGCCGAACGCCGUCCCUCCAGCUGCACCGAGCAGCGGCCAUGGUGAAGAAGCCCAACGGCGUUGCCAAGGCCACUGCGGCCUCUGCCGGCGCGGCGGCCGGGCCAUCCAAGGCGAAUCCGUCCACCCCUGGGUCGAUUAAGACCUCGAAGUUUAAGAAGCGGAAGGUCAAGGCCAACCGCGAGAAGGCAGCGGCCGCCGCUGCAACUGUUGACCAAGUCUCAUCGGUGGGCGCAGUCACUGCUGGUGGCGAUGCAUCUGCAUCGGCGGUCUUACCGCAGCCAUCCCAUGUUGCUGAGGCAUCACCUGUGGCACAAAUGCCAGAGUCAGCCACUACUGCUGAGGCAUCACCUGUGACACAGACGCCUAAGCCAGCCACUGCUGAAGCAUCAGCUUCGGCGGCAGAGCCAAAGCCAAAACCUGCUGAUGCUGAUGCUGAUGCUAAUGCUGAUGCUGCGGCUGCACCUGCCGCAAGCAAGGGAAAGGGUGUGGGUGCUGAUAAUAGAAGUGGUGAUGGAAGGAUGAAGAGCAGAAGAGUGAGGACUAGGAAUGGCAAGGGGAAGGAGGUUGAGGAGGAUGGAGGAAGUAACGGAAAAGGGAAGAAAGCUGCUGUGGGCAAGAAGGAAGAAAAGGGUGCAGGGUUUAUAUUCAUGUGCAAUGCAAAGACUAAGCAGGAGUGCUACAAGAACCGUUUGUUCGGGCUACCCAGUGGGAAGAUUGGAAUGGUCAAGAAGAUCAGGCCAGGGGCAAAGCUGUUCCUGUAUGAUUUUGAUUUGAAGCUUCUGUAUGGUGUGUACAAGGCAGCAUCAAAUGGUGGGAUGAACCUUGUCCAAGAAGCAUUUAAUGGGAAGUUCCCUGCACAGGUUAAGUUUAAGAUUGAAAAAGAUUGUCUGCCUCUCUCUGAGAGUAGUAUCAAGCAUGCUAUUAAGGAAAAUUACAGUGCAAGGAGCAAGUUUGACCCAGAGCUCACUUCAAAACAAGUCUAUAGGCUACUUGCUCUGUUUAAGCCUGUCAAUGUACCUCAGUCUGCUCCAAAUAAUCACUGUGGAGAAAGGCGCCACUAUGAAGAACGAAGGCAGCCAUAUCAUUAUGAGGAAAGGCGACCUUCAUUGCCUAUCGAAGAAGUGCGUCAACCACGGUUUGAUGAGGAAAGGCGCCCUGCGGUUGUACAUGUUCCUCUUGAAGAUCCAUAUAGGGAACCACGCUUUGCUCCACUUCCUGUUGAGUCUCAGCUUGGCCAUUCUUUGGCUGGUGGUCGGGGUGAUCACCACAGAUAUUAUCAACCAGCUGAGCCUCGACACAUUCCUCUUGCUCUAGAGCCUCGACAUGUUCCGCUAUCCUUAGAGCAUCACCAUGUGCCUUCUGUGCCAGAGCUUCGACAUGUCCCAGCUGCUUAUUAUCACACUUUGGCUCCAUCCAGUGAUUCAUACUAUCGGUCUGUAGAGAAUCUGGCACCUGAGCGAUAUGCUGACAGGGAUCCAAUCAUUCCUAGGGAUCCCACAAGACUGCCGGGUGAGAUAUCUGCUCGGGCAGACCGCUUGGAGGAUCUCUACCGGACUGGGGGAAUUUCUGCCCGUGGUGCACAUGUGGAGGAGCUGUAUCCUCCAGGGGAGAUUGCUUCCCGUGCUGACCGAGUGGGGAUCACCACUCGCGCUGAUCGUUUGGAGGACCUCUACCGCUCUGACAGACUCAUUACCCGUGCUGUGGACCCCCUGCCUCGUUCAACCUAUCAUACAGCUGCUUACGAGACACACCCUGCUUAUGCUGAAGCAAGCACAAGGCCUGUCUUUUCAAGGGUCAAUGGACCCGGUGUCCCAGUUUCGUCACUCUAUUCCUUCUCUGGUGCGCCAGCGUACCGGUGAUGAGUGAUCAGAACUCAUCGCUUUUGUUGAAAUUCUCACCUUCAAUGUGUGAAGUUAGGAUGCCUGUCGCUAUAACUGCAACUGUUGUUUACAUUAGGUUCAGUUCUAUAUUUCCUUAAACAUCCAUCGCUGGAUGAACAGCAUUCGGUAUCUAGUUUAUGUUGCAUAACCUCCUGCCAUGCUUGAUUCUCAUUUUAUCCUGCAGAUGGAAUGAUGCCCCCCCCCCCCCCCCUGCAGAUUUACUAGAUUCUUGGUA